AAAGUUCCCAGCAUGCAGAUUACUUGGUUUCGCCGGUCCAAAAUCAAUCUCUGUCUGCUAUAGCCCUGACACUGAGAUAUCAUAUCCUUCAAGGAUGGUCCAUACAUAACAGUGGUGCCACAUCAAAAAUUGGACUCUAUAGUCUUCGGCACCCCGAGUUUCCCUUCAUUUCAACCACCAUGUCGUCCGGCAAGAGGAAGUUGGGGACAGACGAUACAAAGUCGGCCAACAAGCGCUCGAGAUCCGACUCCAAGGCCAAACCGUCAAAAUCUGCAGAGUCUACAAAGCCGAGGUCCCAGAACUCAUCCAAAGAGUCACAGCCUUCCUCCAAGCCACCUCCCCCAUCUGUUCUGUCCAAAGAGCAGCCUGCAUUUCCUCGAGGCGGCGCCGGCUUGUUGACCCCAAUCGAGCGAAGGCAAAUCCAAGCGAAAGCAGUCCGAGAUGCUACCAAGGAACAUCAAAAGGCACAAGACUUGUUUGGUGCACCUGGCGGAAAACCACAAGACUCAAGCGACGAAGAGGAAGGUCUGUCUUCUGAAGAUGAACAAGUGAAGCCUGAGAAGAAGCCCCGCAAGACCAAAAACAAAGAUCGAAAAAAGAGCGCAGAGACUGAAAAGCCAGAAGUGUUCAUUGGCGGUCUUAGUUACAAAAGAAUUACUACCGACUCUCUGAUACUCAGUCAAAUCAUCUCAAUUGGUCCGAGAUUUCUGACCGUUGCACUGCCAAACAACCUCGUGGGUCAUGUUCCUCUGACCUCUAUCUCGCCCAAAUUUACCCAAACAGUGCAACUGCUUCUCAACAGCAAUGGAGAUGCCGACAACGCAAGCGAUUCUGGGGCUGAGGACUCUGAUCACGAUAUUGAUUUAUCACAUUACUUCCGUGUUGGCCAAUAUCUGCGCACCGCCGUCACUUCAACCGAGCAGGAGAAAACUGCAGCGAAGUCCCAAGCUCGCAAACGGAUAGAAUUGUCCAUCGACCCUUUGUUGACCAACAAAGGGCUUUCUCGUUCCAAUCUAGCUGUUGGGACCUCAGUUCAGGUCUCUGUCAACAGUGUUGAAGACCAUGGUCUGGCCGUUGAUCUUGCGUUCGAAGAGGGCACUGCUCCUGGCUUUAUUUUGAAAAAGGACCUUCCUCCUGGUGCCACCCUCAAUGACUUCAAGCCUGGAGCAGUCUUGCUCUGCGUUGCACUGGAUUCGGACACGAAUAGAAAGGUCAUCAAACUCUCGGCUGACCUCACUAGUGCGCCAGCCUUGAAGUCGGCGUCCUCUGUGGACUCUUUCCUCCCUGGGGCUGUCGCUGAGAUUCUCAUAAGCGAAACGUCGGAUUCUGGUCUUUCUGGGAAAGUGAUGGGUCUUCUCAAUGUGACAGCAGAUGUCGUCCAUUCUGGAUCCUUCAAAGACAAGCAAGCGUUUCUCUCCCAAUACAACGUAGGUCAAAAGGUCUUAGGUCGCUUGCUGUGUACGUUUCCUCUUUCAGAGAACAAGCACAUCGGCUUUUCAAUCCUUCCGAACCUUAUCCAUCUCGAAAGUUCAAGCACUGGUGGGAGCCAAAUCCCUUUGUCUUCCACUGUUGAGUCUGCAACAGUCAUUCGCGUUGAGCCGGGCUUGGGUGUAUAUCUGAGCCUUGACGAUAACUCCAUCGGCUUCGCUCAUGUUUCAAGACUUUCCGAUAAGAAAGUGGAUUCAAUCUCCGAAGUCAUCGGUGCCUAUAAACUUGGAACCGAGCAUCGCGCGCGUGUACUUGAGUACAAUCCUGUUGACAACUUAUAUCUGGUGUCACUACAGCAGAGUGUACUAAGUCGCCCAUUCCUGCGCAUUGAAGACGUCCCAACUGGCACUGUCGCGAAGGGAGAAAUCGAAACGAUUCUCAUCGGCUCUUCUGGAGUCGAGGGACUCAUCGUCAAACUGGCGGAAGGAAUUUCUGGCUUAGUCCCUGCAAUUCACAUGUCUGACAUCGAACUGAAGAAUCCUGAGAAGAAAUUUCGAGAAGGCCAGAGUGUGACUGUACGAGUGCUGUCUACAGAUCCUCUCCGAAAGCGGCUGAGAUUGACUUUAAAGAAGUCGCUUGUCAACAGUGAUCAAAAGGAGUGGAAGAGUUUUGACGCCAUCGAAGUGGGCGAUUCCACGGUGGGCACGAUUUUCAAAGUUGAUCGUGCAGGAGCUGUCAUGCAGUUCUUUGGGCCUGUCAAAGCUUUCCUCCCUGUUUCAGAGAUGAGUGAGGCAUUCAUCAAAGAUGCCAGGGAGCACUUCCGAGUUGGGCAGGUCUUGACAGUCAAUGCUAUCAGCGUCAAUCCGAGCGAGGAACGCCUUACCGUUUCCUGCAGGGAGGUCAACACGCCCGGCCCGUCUGUUGAAACCUCUCUUGCCAAACUACAAAGUGGUACAGUGACAACAGGAACCAUCUUUGAGAAGUCUCAAGAUGAUGUUCUGCUCAGGCUAGAAGGAUCCGAUGCGAUCGCCCGAUUGACACUCGAUCAUGUUUCUGAUGGCUCUUUGAAAAAGCGAGAGUCGGCCAUGAGCAAGCUUAGAGUCGGACAGAAACUGGAGAAUGUACUCAUCCUUCAAGUCCAGUCAAAUCGCCGACUUGUACUUCUCAGCAACAAGCAGAGUCUUAUCAAGGCUGCUCAAGACGGAACGCUGCUCCGAAGCUUUGAUCAACUUAGUGAAAAUGCUUCGGUGACAGGAUAUGUCUCUAACAUUACCGAGGCUGGCAUUUUCGUCGGCUUUGCAGGAGGAAUCAGCGGGCUCCUCGCCAGGAACGAAGUCCCUGUAGAGAAUGAGUCGCUCCCAGACUUUGGAAUGUCCAAGCUGCAGACAGUUUCAGCGAAGGUCCUUCGUAUUGAUUACAAAGGCGCUACUCCACGGUUUUGGCUUACAAUGAGAGAAAGGGGAUUGGAACAAACUGGAAACAAAAGAUCCAAGACGGAAUCAUUUGUUCCAGGCACAGUUCCCCUAUCGGCUCCUGUCGAUCCGGCUCUGAAGACGUGGGAUGAUCUAGCUGUUGGUAAAGUUACAAAGGCAAAAGUCAUCUCGGUGAAGGACACCCAAAUCAACGUUGAAUUAGCAAAGGACGUUCAAGGUCGGAUUGAUGCAUCCGAGGCUUUUGACAAUUGGGAAGCGAUCAAAGACCGGAAGAAGCCUCUCAAACAGUUCUCGGGUAAAGAAGAGCUCAGUGUCAAAAUCCUCGGCGCUCAUGACACCAGAAACCACAGAUUUCUGCCCCUCACCCAUCGAAGUUCAAAGAACACCGUCUUUGAGCUAUCUUGCAAGCCCAGCACUAUCGCCAAGAAAGAGGUAACUAACCUUUCCAUUGAAGAGGUGCAGGUUGGGUCCAAAUGGCUGGCUUUCGUCAACAAUAUUUCCGACAGUUGGCUUUGGGUCAACCUUUCGCCGACGGUGCGUGGGAGGAUCAAGGCAACCGAUGUCUCAGAUGAUCUGUCUUUGGUUGCUGAUCUUGAGGAGAAUUUCCCAAUUGGAUCCGCCCUUCGAGUCCAUGUCCUGGCAGUCGAUGUUGACAAGAACCGGCUCGAUUUGUCCGCAAAAUCCCAAACCUCAAGCAAACCUCUCACCCUGGAAGCCAUUUCAAAGGGCCUGGUCCUCCCUGGCCGUGUAACGAAAAUCACUGAGCGCAACGUGGUUGUUCAAUUAAGCGACCAGGUCGUUGGUGUAGUCGAGCUCAUCGACAUGGCUGAUGACUACACUGAAGCAAACCCAGCGAAAUAUCAAAAGAAUGAGAUUCUACGAGUUUCCGUCGUCAAGGUGGACAUCCCAAACAAAAGAGUGUUCCUCUCUACCCGACCAUCAAAGGUUCUCAGCUCCUCUCUGGAAGUUGAAGACGCUGAAAUCACCUCCUCCAAACAACUCACAGUCAAUGCUGUGGUUCGAGGCUUCAUCAGCAAUGUGAGCGACAAGGGCAUCUUUGUCACACUUGGCCACGGCAUCACAGCGUUUGUGCGGAUUAGCAACCUCUCGGACAGCUAUUUGAAGGACUGGAAGAGUCACUUCCAACGGGAUCAGCUUGUCAAAGGCAAGAUCACCCUGGUUGAUUCCGACUCCGGCCACGUGCAAAUGACAUUGAAAGAAUCUGCACUGAGCCCUGACUACAAGGCUCCAAUCACAUUCAACGACCUGAAAGUUGGAGACAUUGUCACAGGUAAAGUGGCGAAAGCCGAGACUUUUGGCGUUUUCAUUCGUGUCGACAACUCCGAGAAUGUACGCGGUCUCUGUCACCGCAGCGAGAUAGCGGAAAAGCCCGUGGUGGACGCCACGAAAUUAUUCUCUGAAGGAGACACAGUCAAGGCCAAAGUCCUCAAGAUAGAGCCAAGCGCUCGACGAGUGAAUUUUGGCAUGAAGCCUUCUUACUUUGCGGAUCAAGACGAGAGCAUGAGUGAUGACGAUGACGAUGACGAUGACGAUGACGAUGACUCUGAGAUUGAUGGAGGUGCUCAGCUUGACGUCGAAAUGGCAGAUGUCGAGGCAGCAGGCGAAGCGGAAGAGGAAGAUAGCGAAGAUGACGAGGAUGAGUCCGCGAUCGAUCUUUCAGAAGACGACGCCGCCAGCGACCAAGAAGCCGUUCUCGUAAACGCCAAAGUCCCUCCCCCUUCAACCAAAGCCCUCUCGGUCGGCGGAUUCGACUGGUACGGCGUAAACGACUCGACCAUCCCAUCAACCUCCAAACCCACCGAGUCCGACUCCGACACCAACACCAACACCCAAGGCCCCUCGCUGAAGAAAAAGAAGAAACACCGGGCCGAAAUCCAAGUCGACCACACGGGCGAUCUCGACACAGACGGACCACAAUCCAGCGACGACUUCGAACUCCUCCUCCUCAGCGAACCGGACUCAUCCCUCCUUUGGCUCCAAUAUAUGGCCUUCCACCUGAAACUCGGCGACGCGGACCAAGCCCGCUCCAUCGGCGAACGCGGCCUCAAAUCCAUUGGUCUUGGCCGCGACCCGGAAAAACUCAAUGUGUGGAUCGCCCUGCUCAAUCUCGAAAACGCAUAUGGCGACGACGAAUCCAUCGACGCCAUGUUCAAACGCGCAUGCGAAUACAACGACCCUCAAGACAUCUACACGCGUCUCACAAGUAUCUACAUCCAUUCCGGCAAGCAUGAAAAGGCCGAUGCGUUGUUUCAACGCAUGUUGAAGAAAUUCACGCAGGAUCCAAAGAUCUGGAUCAAUUACGCGACGUUCUUGUUUGAUACGGCGGGCCAGGCGGAUCAAGCUCGUGCGCUGCUUUCAAGGGCGUUGCAGACGUUGCCGAAAUUCACGCAUUUCGACAUCACGUCCAAGUUUGCGCAGUUGGAGUUUAAAUCGGAGAAUGGUCUGCCGGAGAGGGGACGGACGAUUUUUGAGGGGUUGAUUAGUUCGUUUCCGAAACGGGUGGAUGUGUUCAAUGUUUUGCUGGAUCUGGAGAUGAAGAGGAGUGAGGAUGAGGAUGGGAAGGAACAGGUUCGAGGUGUCUUUGAGAGAAUCUUCGGCGGAUCUUCGAAGUUGAAGGUCAAGCAGGCUAAACACUUCUUCAAGAGGUGGUUGGAGUUUGAGGAACGUUGUGGUGAUGAGCGUCGGGUGGAGGAAGUCAAGGCUCGUGCCGCUGAAUGGUUGCGUGCUCAUGGAAAAGAAGAAUAGAGAAUGGGUGUGAUCUUAGCAUGCAUACGACCCCGUAUCUUGAGAGGCAGUGUGUCUCAAUGGGUCAUGAAUAAAUAAAAGUAGUAUACAA